AAAAAUGUACCAUAUUUUCAUUGCCAUAUUUUUUUAGAAGAUAUAUUUAAAAUUACCUGACAUACAACUUUGCCGUAUACACCAUCGUUCUAUCUCGUUCCAUUAAAAAAGGUGAUAAGAGCGGCGCGCUCUAGCGUUACUGACUGCACUAUCAUUCCAGCCCUUUUUCACGCACAGAUACAACUAGCAACGGAUCAUUCGUCGUUUGAACAGCAUCACAGUGGUAGCAGUAGCAGAGCAGCAUUUUCGUGCCAUGGCCCGUACGAAACAGUCCACCGGAGGGAAAGCUCCCCGCAAGCAGUUUGCAACGAAGGCUGCCCGUAAAAGUGCCCCAGCCACGGGUGGCGUUAAGAAGCCCCAUCGCUACCGUCCAGGAACUGUCGCGCUGCGAGAAAUUCGUCGCUAUCAGAAAUCGACAGAGCUACUAAUCCGCAAGCUGCCCUUCCAGCGUCUGGUUCGUGAGAUCGCGCAGGACUUCAAAACCGAUCUGCGCUUCCAGAGCUCAGCCGUCAUGGCCCUUCAAGAAGCCAGCGAGGCUUACCUGGUUGGUUUGUUCGAGGAUACCAAUCUGUGCGCUAUCCACGCCAAGCGAGUAACUAUCAUGCCGAACGACAUCCAACUGGCUCGCCGGAUCCGCGGGGAGCGGGCCUAAAUGUGGUAGUGUGUGAUUCGAGCUCAGUUGGAGUUGGCGCUGUAUUGUGCCAUAACGUUAAUCGUGUAGAAAACCCAGUUUUCUAUGUAUUGAGCACUCUUUCUGUUGCAGAAAAAAAUUACCCGAAUCUCCACAGAGAGGCUUUGGCAGUUGUUUUCGGACUGACCAAAUUUUUUAAAUAUGUUAAUGGCAAGAAGUUUAGGUGGUAACUGAUAAUAAACCGUUAGCUAGUAUAUUUAAUCUUAAGAAGGGCAUUCCGUCGUUGGCAGCAGCUAUGCUGCAGAAAUACGUGUAUAUUUUGUCGAAAUUUGAUUUCGAAAUAGUAUAUCGGCCAGGUCCCUUGAUUCCCAACGCGGCACUAUGGGUCAUGUUUGGGCCUAGGGGUGGCCCUUGU